AUGGCGACUGGCACUACAAUCAAUACAACGUCCAUAACCCCGGCCGAAGGUGUUGUGAUUACUCGCCUGCCUAUGGAAGACGACCUCGAACUACCACCUAGCACCGAGGCGAAGUCGAUCUUCCACAUCUACGAGAAGCAUAAGUGUCAUAAAAGCAUUACGCCAGUCCUCGAUCCUACUCUGGAACGGAGAUCUGGCUCAACGAUCAAAGAACAGAAGGCUACACGCAAGGAGAAGAAAGAGCGUCGAGACGCUGGACUACCUAGUGUAGAACCAGACGAUAAUGCUUUCUUCCUUCACCGACCAUACCUCGCCUUCCACGUACCGCCUCGCGUCCUCUACACAGGCAACAGUAGACACACCGCGCAGCUAGCUAUCUUGAUACACGAAGGCUGCUUUUGGAAAGAGUAUAAACUGCAACUCCUCUCAUCCACCGCCGGCAUACUCGACCCUCGCGGCGUGGUACCAUGGCGCCACAACGGCGGCGACAAGAAAGCACUGAAAGGCAAUCACCACAAGCUCAAAGGGUACAAAGUGCGGACGUGGAGGGUCUGGGGUGAGACGGGCAAGGAAUACGUUCGUUCCGUGAAAGACAUCCGCAAGACGGGCGAAGGGCAGGAUCCCGAUGUGAUCACGACGACGAAUGGCAAGUUAGAAGAACCUGCGACGGCCGACGAAGUGGUUAUGUCGGCAUUGACUUCUUCUGGAAAGGAACGGGUACACUCCGAGAAUCUCCUACCUGUCACUGAAGAGAAGAAAGAGGGGCAAGCUGAGGUAUGCUUGGGGGUAUACACGUCGUCUGUUGCAAGUAGAAAGAGUGGUACUUUGGAGUUCUUCGAUACUGUUAUCUUGCGUCUCAUCAAUGAAAACGCGCCGGAGAUGCUACUUCGAAAUGAGGAAGGGGCGGAAGAAGAAGAGGCGGAAAGUACGAGGAUCUUGCGGAUGGAGAGAAGUAGGAUCUAUCAGGUGUUUGUAGCUACUGCUAUGUGUAUGAUCAAGAGUGAGAAGGAAAAGAGACAUACAUUGCUGGAUUUGCUGGUGAAUGUUGCUGAAGGUGGUGCGGGUGGCUAG